AUGUACGACUUUGAUGAAGAGGACUGUCCUUUCGAAGAGUUUGUUGAGGAAACAUAUUCAGAGAGAUUUUGGGGCGCGUUAUCCACUUUACCGUACGCCGACCGAAUGUUGAAUGUGGCAGGAUCGAUCAAAAAACAUUUUACAAUUUCAGCCUCCUCGCAGUAUUAUCGCAACAUCGGAUGGUGGACUUUAAGUACGGCUACGGUCUUAUUUUUACCAAUUUUCAUCGACAAGGCGGUCCAGGACGCCGUUGCCUAG